GGGAACCCAAGCGGAACAUCGGAGGCCUUUGGUGGUGCAGCCGGGCCGCUGACGGAAGUGCCGGCGGAGGGGGCGGAAGUUCCCCCCACCCCGGCGCUCCCGCUCGCUCGGUCCGUGGGGCUGCGCUGCGCCGUUCAUGGAAGAGAUGUCGGGAGAAAGUGUGGUGAGCUCAGCGGUGCCGGCAGCUGCGACUCGCACUACCUCCUUCAAAGGAACUAGUCCGAGCUCCAAAUAUGUCAAGCUGAACAUUGGCGGUGCCCUGUACUACACCACCAUGCAGACCCUGACCAAGCAGGACACCAUGCUCAAGGCCAUGUUCAGUGGCCGAAUGGAAGUCCUCACCGACAGCGAAGGCUGGAUCCUGAUUGACCGGUGUGGAAAACAUUUUGGGACAAUACUGAACUACCUGCGUGACGGGGCUGUGCCGCUCCCUGAGAGCCGCAGGGAGAUAGAAGAGUUGUUGGCUGAAGCAAAGUACUACCUGGUCCAGGGGCUGGUGGACGAGUGCCAAGCAGCAUUGCAGCAGAACAAAGAUGCAUAUGAACCAUUCUGCAAGGUACCAGUCAUCACAUCUUCCAAAGAAGAGCAAAAACUUAUCGCCACUUCUAACAAGCCAGCAGUGAAGUUGCUAUAUAACAGAAGCAACAACAAAUACUCCUACACCAGCAACUCCGACGACAACAUGCUGAAGAACAUUGAGCUAUUUGAUAAGCUGUCCUUGAGGUUUAAUGGGAGAGUGCUCUUUAUAAAAGAUGUGAUUGGAGAUGAGAUCUGCUGCUGGUCGUUUUACGGGCAGGGGCGGAAGAUUGCCGAAGUCUGUUGCACUUCCAUUGUUUAUGCUACUGAGAAAAAACAGACAAAGGUGGAGUUCCCAGAAGCCCGCAUUUACGAAGAAACCCUGAACAUUCUGCUGUAUGAGUCCCAGGAUGGGAGGGGACCUGACAACGCGCUCUUGGAAGCCACAGGAGGGGCAGCUGGCCGCUCCCAUCACUUAGAUGAAGAUGAGGAGCGAGAGCGCAUUGAACGCGUGCGAAGAAUUCACAUUAAACGUCCGGAUGACAGGGCCCAUCUGCAUCAGUGAGCUCAGCGACAGCCGCAGACUGCGCAGCUCUGUCUGGAAGGUGCUGCCCUUUGUCUGAUUGAUUAUCUCCAGCAGAGGACCAGGCGGUUUAACUUCUGUUCAGUAAAGUCUGUAAAUUACGUUUUGUAACAAACUAGAUUGUUUGGGGUAUUUAAAUGCAGUAGUUCUAGGACAAGAAUAAAUAAGGUUAUUGGGCAUGUGAUAGAUACUGUAAGGACCUAUUGAGCGUCUGGAGAAAUGCCCUGAAUUUUUAGCACUCUUGUCUUUGCUAUUUUGUGGCUAGAGAGGAAGAAGGCUGGCUUCCUUUGGCUUUAGUAAUUAUCCUGCACUUUAAAAACAAACAAACAAAAAACAAAAGGUCAGUCAGCCAUAUACCUUUCCUCCAGGCACUCACUGACCCUGUCUCCUCCUAGGCGUUCGGGCAUGGGAGAAAUGCAGUGAUCGAACCACACCAGAGCUACUGCAGCACUCCCGUUCUCCCAGGCCUGUAGGUGAUAGGAUUGGUCAUUUGUCCAGAAGGACAAAUCACACGGCUGACUCGAUUCCGGUAGUGCUGUGGGGGCAGAGGGAGCCCUCUUGGAGCGGUGGGAGGGCGCAGGGGGAGCUGCUUGGGCUCGGCUUGCCGGGUGGCUGGCUGUGGCUCCCUACAGCCCUUGGGACCUGCUCCCCAAAGGAUUCAGGGGAGCCUCUACAGCACUGAGCUGUGGAGCUUUGUCCCUUAUUUACCCCUGCUUUAUCCAUGCAGUUCAAGGGUGGAAGAUGUUAACAUUCCUCCAAAAGGAAGAUCAGGAGCAAAUUAUAUGUGAUUGCUUUUCCUUAGGGUGGUGUUGCUACCAGUUAGCGCCUAGAACUUCUGCCUGACUCUGGGUCUCAGCUGGGAAUUUAUUUCUGUCAGAUCGCAGGUCAGUAAGCUGUGCUUUCUUUGCUACAGGUAAAGCAGCAGUCAUCACACGUUCAGACGGUCUGUGCCAGCCUCUAGCGCAGGUAGGAGGCCAGCAGCCAUAGUUCAGGUCUGUAACUGAUACAGCAGCAUUGCCUUGCUUUGAGCGAGGGCAACACGAGUACCAUGGGGAAGAGGAGAGGCAGUGGCCCAGAGGCAGUUAUUACUUGUUUGACUUUAUCCUGAGCAUGUUCCAAGUCUUUUCAGAAAUGGCAGCUGUGUGUGAAAGGGCAGAGCUAAAAUGUUGUGUAGAGAAGACCUAUGUAGUCUAGUUUUCUAAGAGUACUUUUCUAUUAUAAAUGAAUGUUAUCUACCUCCUCGUCUCUUGUUGCCUGUUGUGGAGUCAAGUAACAAUUAUAGUGGCAGAUCGUGUAUUAUUCAGUAGGACUGGAUGCUAAAGGAUAAUGAGCAGAGCCACAGCUGUAAGGACUAAUGUAACAAAUCCUGAGAGGGAGAGAAAGCCAAUGUCAGAAGUCUCAAACCUGCAGUCAGGCUGGCACCUUGGUAGACACCAGAGUACUUUGGCCUGUUCUAGAGCUUUUUGACCCUUCAUCUGGAAUAUCUGGUGCUGGUCUUAAUGGCCAGACACCUCAUACAAAGCAGCAGCUCCAUGUUCCUGUUCCUCAGCGAGGUGGCUAUUUGUUUUUGCCCACGUUCCUGCUGCAAGGAUUCCUUCUCCUGGCUCAGGGCUGUUAAUGGCAUGUUAACAUUUUAAAAACCAAAGGUGUUGUCAGCAUCACCAGCUCCGUUACUCCAGUGCUUCUAUUUCAAUUGGAUGUUGCGUCCCAAACUACGUAGGGCUUGUCGGUAGAGGCUGGAAUAAAGCAUUAAGUGUUUGCUCAGUGGUGCAAUUUUGACUCACCAAGUAAAGCUGAAAAGAUUUCAAAGUUAGGCUGAGGUCAGCUUUCUAGUAACCAAAGACUCCUCUAAGUUACAGACAGCUGGUGUCUGUAACCUGUUGUACCUGUCUCCUCUACUCAUACGUCUUCAGCUGCUGAUUUAUAAGAGCUCACCAGGAAACAGCUGUAUCAGUUAUACUGGAGUUCGGCGGCUUCAGCUACGUCCUGACAGUUACGGGCUUCUAGUUUACGCUGUACUUACACGUGUCUGCAAUACCCUUUGUGUUUGUAGAAGGCCAUAGUGCAGACUCUCAUUGUGAAGGACCCAGUGCCUCUUCCUUCUUAUGUGAUAAGCUGGGAGGUGUGGACAGAAAGUCCUCUGAAUGGCUGUUUCUCCAGCACUGUGUACUUUGACAUGUACUGGCAUGUUACUGGGCUGGUGAUGGGUUUUAAGGCUCUGCACUAUGUAAAGCUGUUCAGUCUAACUCCCACAUCUCAGCAGUCCCACUCUGCUCCUGCUGGCCAUCAGUGGGUGAAUAGGAAACACCAGCUGCUGACUGUAGAAUACACUGAUGGUCCUGCAGCAAACCCUGCUUGCUUCAUUGACACUAGAGAGCUGGCUCUCUCCUGAGAGACAGGCGGGAGAGGCCAUCUUCAUCAUCAGUUGUGCUGAACUACCUGCUUUCCCCAUACAGUGCAGGGGAGACUCCAGUAACCAAGCACAGGCUGCUCAAAGACCAUUCACGUCCUGUGGUGCAAGAACAGGGUCAGCACCAGGGGUGGCAUGCGUUGACACCAGUGCUAAGCACCUGACAGCUCACAUCUAUGUGCUUAACUUCUCUGUAAAUAGAUUCUUAACUGGCUUCAGAAUUUCCUUUCAGGUUUUGCAAACUAAGUUCUUAAAAAACAGGGGGAUGAUUAUUUUUAGCCUUUGUACAGCAGUUUAUACAGAUCCUGGUUUAGUAAGUCAUGCCAGGAGAGUUUGAGUAAGUUUCAGUUUUGUUAAGGCAGAGUCUGCCCACAAAUGCAGUAACACACUCCUCACUUAACCCUCUGCAUGCUGUAGUUGUGUAGUAAAGAUGUACUGCUGUUGUGUUAAAACAUCCUUUACCUACUGGCCACUUGUCCUUGGUCCAUGAGAGGGACUUAGUUAAUGCCAUUGCACAAAUGGUCUCAGCUCUUGAGCCUUUUUACUGUAAAUGGUUUUGCCUCUACAGCUUUCAGGUGAAGAUGGGGUACAGGGCAGCUGGCCUGGGCACAAGCAGCUGCUCAGAUGACCUAGUACUACCUCGUAUUAACGGGGAGUGCGGACCUGUCUGCUUUGAUUCUCCAGCACCCCACAGCAGACACCAAUAGUUAUAGUACAGUAGAGUAGGGCUGACUAAAAUCUUACCUGUGGAAGUGAUCUUUGUCCAUCAGCAUAACACAGAAAAGCUGGACUACAGGCUGCAGCUUGUAACAGAGUUAGGGCUGCACAGCAGAGGCAAGAGUGACCACCAGCACCUGGCUUGAAGGGCCCUGACAGGGUGGUUCCUCCCACCUGUUUAGUGCAGCUGUAGCACCAAAGCAGCUGCUCCUGUAUUUCUGUAAGGCAGGUUUUGGAUCCGACCCUGAGCUCCACCUGCUGCAUGACAUGCCUGCUCAGGGCCCUGGCAGAAGGCUCCAAGCUCCAGUCUUACCUUAGAGCAAAGGGGAGGCACAGCCUUUCAGUCCUAACGGAGUUCUAUUUCAUGGACAAUAGCAGCACAGUCAUCUGCUCUGUACAAUCAUUCCCUCCCACUUUAUACUUAUGCACAAAAAAGCUUAAGCUGGAUUUCAGUGUAUGAUGUUUGCAAUAUGUUUUUUUAAAAUGUAACACAAUAAAUUAGGUAUUUCAUAUUUACA